GGAUUCGAAGGCCUCCUAUAAAUAUCCAUCGAGGCACGCGGAGGACGAAGGAGAAGCAGCCGUCAGCAGUCCAUCCGAAGCAGUCGCACCACUCGUCAUGAUGCACCGUAUGACGACGCGCCAGGUCGAAAAGACGAUGGCGGACCGCCGGUCGAAGGAGGCGGAGAAUGCCGAACUGACGCGGUAUGCGUCCAGCAACCAGCAGCAGACCAUGGCCAACAAGAGCGACAUGGGUGUGCUGGCGAAACGCCGCAAUAACCAAGCGUUCCAGCGUAAUGCUGAGGCCAUGCUCGAGGAGCGGUCGAUUGCGGUGGAGCGGGAUGCGACCCGAAGCCAACGAACCCGCGAUCAGAACGACUUCAUCGCAAAGGCCCUCGAAGAAGAGCGGCGGACACAGGACCGCAAGGAGCGCGAGAUCCAGCGCAUCUGCGAGUCGAGCGAAGAGCUGCGCGAGCUGGAGAGCAUGCUCAAGGUCGCGUACGUAAACAAGGAGCGCGCCGUUCAGCAAGCCGAGCGCGAAACUCUCAGCCAGAUCGAAGUGGCCCGGGAAAAGGCCAUCGAAGUGCAGAUGGAGUACGACCGACAGCGAUCGCUCGUGGACAUGGCGGCCAAGGAAUUCGGCAAGCGCGUGGAAGCGGUCGCGUCCAAGCAGAGCAUUCAGCAGCAGAUGUUGGACAGACUCAAGCUGCAUGAGGAGGCGGCGCGGGAGGCCGAGAUGGACAAGCACAAAGUUGAUACCAUCAUGAGGAAGAUCGAAGAAGAAGACCGGCUCGAGCAGGAGAAGCGGGAGCGGUAUGUGUUGGAAGCCAAGAAACUCAUCGAAGACUCCAAAUUACAACGCUCCAAGGAACGAGACGAGCUCCUGCGACGGGAAAAGGAGGAGGAUCUUCGCAUUUUACAGCAUGGCAAACACGUCGAAUUGCGCGAGGCCGGGAUCAAAGAAAAACUGGCCGAGAAAAAGAAGCGCGAGGACGAACUGUUUUUGGCCGUGGAAGCCGAAAUCCAGCGGCAGCGCAAGGAAGAAGACGAGUUUGCGCGGCUUCGGGACGAGUUGUGGGAGGAGGAGGUGCUCGAGGCGCGGCGGCACAAGGAGCGCGAACGUGCGCAAAAGAAGCAGGCCGACAAGGAGGACAUGAUGCGCUCCAACGACCAGCAACAAGUGCUCAAGGCGCAAUUGGUAGCCGAGCAAAAGCGCAAAGAAGACGAGUACAAUGAGUUCCUCAAGCGAAAGUUCGCAUCGGAAGAGCGGCGCGCGAUGGAGAUGGACAUGUUUCGACGCCGGCAAAAGGAAGAGUACAAGCUGUCGAUUGCGGCCCAGAACCAGCAUAAACAAGCCAUGUACCACCAUGAGCUGGAGAAGGAGCGCGAAGAAGCGGCCAGAAUCGCCGACGAAGAGGCCUUCAAAAAGGCGGUGGUCGAAGAAGCCAAGCGCCGGCUUCUGGACGAACAUGCUGCCAAAUUGCACGGGUACCUACCCAAGGGCGUGGCCAAGGAAGUCUACCAACGGGGCCACAUGGGGUCGCGAUAGAUCUAUAUAUAUAUAUAUUGCAACUUCGGAUAUGGGUAGAUAUUGAUUGUAGAUAACACCUAGUAAUUACCCAAGGGCGUGGCUAACGAAGUAGAUGCUGGAAC